AUGGAACGGUGCUUUAAAACGGGCUCCAUAAGACCUGAAAAUCGUCAGCUAACAACUAUUGCUCAGUCAAAGAAAGAUAACAAUAAAUGCAGUAAAAAUAAUUCUUUAGAAUUACAUUCGGAACAUGUUAUACAUGGUUCUACUUUAGAAUCUUCAAUACCUGAUGUAGAUAUUCGGAAAGAAAGCAAAAAACGAAAAUAUUGCGAUUCAUAUGAAUUAUCAGAUUCACUGAAUUUGCUGAUGGACAUCCUCAUUGUGUGA